UUGUCUUCAACAACACGGCAAACUAAAUGAUCCGCCCAUGAAACAAAGCUAUGGCAGGCACUGCAGGAAAAAAACAGGUCGAUGAAGAAGUAGAAGGUAAUGAGUCGGUAUGGAAGGCAGGAGAGAAUGCUGAAGAUCCAAAGAUGAAGAGCUCAGAGGACAGAGAUCUUCCAAUGAAAGAACACAGUCUGUUAGAGGACAGGGGAGAUCCACACAAGAACACUAGAGAAAGAGACAAGAGAACGAAAAAGGGCAGAAAGACAAGAAAACUUUCUGGAUGUGGUGUUGGACCUGCAGAUAUGGAAGAGAAUCAGAUCAUUGAGAGUGUUAAACAGAAGCUUAAAGCCCAUCUGAGGGAAAAGUUCACUUGUAUAUAUGAAGGUACGUCAGCCAGUCAAUCUCGACUCGAGAACGUCUUCACAAGACUCUACAUCACUGAACAGACUCAGGAAUGUGGUUUGAAAACGCAUGAGAUUCUUGAGCACUUUAAACUCCCAGAUGAGAAGUCACCAUUUUCAAAGCUAGAAUAUGAAGAGAUCACCUGCCUGAAUAUCUUCAAACCACGAACAAACAUUCCCCAACAACAGUCUAAAAAAGACAGGUCCAUCAAAAGAGUGAUGACAAAAGGAAUUGCAGGCAUUGGAAAGACAGUCGCUGUCCAAAACUUCACCUUAAACUGGGCAGAGGGAAAAUCCAACCAGCACAUUGAUUUCAUCUUCGUGCUUCCUUUUAGAGAGCUGAACAUGCUCAAAGAGGGCGAGUACAAUCUGCUGCAACUUCUUCUUCACUUCUACCCUGAACUGAAGCUGCUAAAAGACAUACAGCAACUUGAUAGCAAGCAAGUGCUGUUCAUCUUUGAUGGUUUGGAUGAAAGUAGGUUUCCACUGGACUUUGAAGGGGGCAUGAUAGUGAGCGACAUAGUUCAGCCAUCGACAGUGGAUGUGUUGCUGACAAACCUCAUCAAAGGGAACCUGCUGCCUAACGCUCUGCUCUGGGUAACUUCCCGACCUGCAGCAGUCAGUCAGAUUCCUUCUAAAUAUGUUGACCAGAUGACAGAAGUGCAAGGCUUCACUGACCAACAGAGAGAAGAAUACUUCAAGAAGAAAUUCAGCAGUGUUAAUCAGGCAAAAGAAAUCAUAUCCCGUCUCAAGGGGAUGAUAAGCUUCUAUUUCAUGGGCCAUAUCCCAAUCUUUUGUUGGAUCACAGCUGAGGUAUUCAAGGAAGAAUGGAGUGACCAGAGAAGUCAACAAUGA